AGUGACCAAUCCGAAUGGGUGUCUCCCGCUCCCCGGAAUCUUCCUAGUUCACAUGAGUCGAAAAAUAACACACACGCAGCAUCUCCGAUUAUUUAUCUGCUCGCCUCCUUGUCCGAUCUCUUUCUUCUCUCCUUGGAACCUUUUCCAUCUAAAGGACCUCCGCAGCUUAAUCUGCAAUUGAAUUUGAUUUCUUAGUUAUAUAUCUUUUUCCCUUUCCAUUAACCAUGCUGUCCACCCUCAGAGUCGCCAGCCGUAAGGCUGCUUCGCGUGACGCUAACUUGCGCACCGUCGUCGUUGGUGCCAGAUAUGCCUCGGCCUGGUCCAACGUCCCUCAGGGUCCUCCCGAUGCUAUCCUUGGUAUCACCGAGGCUUUCAAAGCCGACUCGUUCAAGGAGAAGAUAAACCUGGGUGUUGGCGCUUACCGUGAUGACAAGGGCAAGCCGUACGUUCUGCCCUCGGUUCGCGCCGCAGAGGACAAGGUUGUCGCCUCCCGCUUUGACAAGGAGUACGCUGGUAUCACCGGUGUCCCUUCCUUCACCAAGGCCGCUGCAGAGCUGGCCUAUGGUAAGGACUCCCCCGCCAUUAAGGAGGACCGCCUCGUCAUCACCCAGUCCAUUUCUGGUACCGGUGCUCUGAGAAUCGGUGGUGCUUUCCUGCAGCGCUUCUAUCCCCACGCGAAGAAGAUCUACCUCCCUAACCCUAGCUGGGCCAACCACAACGCUGUCUUCAAGGACUCCGGCUUGGAGGUUGAGAAGUACCGUUACUACAACAAGGACACCAUUGGUCUCGACUUCGAGGGUCUGAUUGCCGACAUCAAGGCCGCCCCUGAGAACAGCAUCAUCCUUCUCCACGCUUGCGCCCACAACCCUACCGGUGUCGACCCAACCCAGGAGCAGUGGCGCCAGAUCAGCGAUGUGAUGAAGCAGAAGGGCCACUUUGCCUUCUUCGAUAUGGCCUACCAAGGCUUCGCCAGCGGCAAUGCUGACAAGGAUGCUUUCGCCCCCAGGCAUUUCGUGAGCGAGGGCCACAACAUUGCCCUCUGCCAGAGUUUCGCCAAGAACAUGGGUCUCUAUGGUGAGCGUGUCGGUGCUUUCUCCCUUGUUUGCGAGAACACAGAGGAAAAGAAGCGUGUGGACUCUCAGGUUAAGAUUCUCAUCCGCCCCUUCUACUCGAACCCUCCUAUCCACGGUGCCCGUGUUGCCUCCACCAUCAUGAAUGACCCCGAGCUUAACCAGCAGUGGCUGGGAGAGGUCAAGGGCAUGGCCGACCGCAUCAUUGAGAUGCGCUCCCUGCUCAGGAAGAACCUGGAGGAGCUAGGCAGCAAGCACGACUGGUCCCACAUCACCAGCCAGAUUGGUAUGUUCGCCUACACUGGUCUCAAGCCCGAGCAGAUGGAUGCUCUUGCCAAGGAGCACUCCGUCUACGCCACCAAGGAUGGUCGUAUCUCCGUUGCCGGUAUCACCUCUGACAAUGUCAAGAGACUUGCCGAGUCUAUCUUCAAGGUGACCGGUUAGAGAAAAGGUGUUGAGGCUGAACUUUAUCCUAAAAAUACAUAGAUCUGCCGGGGUGUGGCCCUUUGUAUUGAUAUCCGACAUGUUUAAUUUAGCAUAUUCUUACGAGCAUUAUAGUAUGGUCCGAAUUCUCUUGA